AUGGAUUCAUUGUUGACGGUACAAAAAUUCACUUUUUCUAAACGUGUUGCAAUACCAUUAGGUGAUCCUGCCCAGAAGAACGACAGACACGAAAACAAGCUUAAACGAAAGCCGACUAAAAUAUGUAUCCAACAGCCCAAAGUGCUGAAUACUAGAAUAACAGUAAAAGACAAUGUUAUAGUAAAUGAACAAUCAACAUCUGAAAUCAUAGAAGGUAAAACAUCUACCUCCACUGAAGCAGAAAUUCAAAACUUACUGCAAACAAAGCCCGAAUUAAAAGAUUAUAAAGCAUUAAAGUGUUCGGCCGGACAUGAAUUAAAAUUACGUAAACCGAACGAACGUCGAUGUAAACAAGGAACCUGUCUCUAUCCAUCGGCAGAGUAUUAUUGUAACAUUUGUUGGAAUGUUUAUACGAAUGAUUCAUGGCAUUGCGACUGCUCUGAACAUGGGUGUGAUGUAUGUUCAAAAUGUAUAAUGGCUGAACUAAAGGAACUUGAUAAGAACCUAGUAUUAAAAAAUGAACUGUAG